GACAGCUGCGAAUGUGACGUCAUACCGGGGGGCGCCGUGGUGGAGUUUGUGUUUUAGAAGAGGUUGCAACGCUCGGUGUGGGAAGUAUCGAAAGGAAGAGAGCAGCACUCAAUAAUUCAUAGUGUAGCUUUCACCAGCAUGUGCGCAGACUACCGGAACAGAUAUCCUCGUAUCCUAUUCCUAAAUAAAUACUUUUUUUGCAAUUAGCGGAUACCUACAGUAACCACAAUCUUGGGCACAGUCCCGCUGACCGAUUCCAUACUUUCUUUUUGACAGUCAAAUAGACUAGGAUUAUUGUCGAAAACACGCAUAGAUUAUUUUUUCCCUUCCCAUCUCUUGCGACAGUCUGCGAUGUUCAUCCUAGCAUAUGCUGUGUGAAGCUGCAGGUGGCAAACGGCAGUAUCCAGAGUCCAGGGGGAGGCAGGGCCAGGCUACAGCUCUAGCCACAGGCUGAGGGAUUCCAUGGACACUCGUUAACUCAAUGCCACAAAACCGGGAUUGAGUGGGAAGUUUGGGAAUAUCGGCCAGGGGAGGACUGAGUGGGCGGGUCACUAACGGACUGAUAGACUGCUAUGGAAGGAGCGAGAUCCACUAGAAUCUCUGUGAAUGUAACUCUCGGCUCAUUUCCCCAGGGGGAGUUGAGCUGGGAUCGCUCAGCUAGGAUUAGAAACCAGUGCCGAGUGUCUGCCUCUGCCAUCCCUUGCUUCUAUCUGUAGCAGGCACAGUUGGGGCGUUGCUAUGGAAACACUUGCCCUGCACCGGGGUGUAGAGUUGUCUCAUCACUUGCUCUACUAUCUCUGAUACCUGAGAUUUUUUUACCUCAUCAUGGAAUAACUGGUGGAGGUCACAGGAGCCAUGGCCAAACAGGACUCCCCACUGUUCCUCCACGGCUUUGACCUGGGGGAUAUCUUCAUAGACCCCCAGCCCCUGGGCAGCGGGACCACUGGUCUGGUUCUGUCCGCUGUGGACAAGCGCAGCGGCCAACGGGUGGCUGUGAAGAAGCUGGUGAUGCGUGACGCGGUCAGCGUGAAGCACGCCCUGCGGGAGGUCAAGAUCACGCGCCGCCUGCAGCACGAGAACGUGGUGCGCGUGCACGAGGUGUUGGGCCCCUAUGGCCGCCCACUUCAUCACGACCCAGCCCAGCUGAGCGCCCUGUACAUUGUCCAGGAGUGCAUGGAGAUGGACCUAGCUCACCUGCUAGAGCAGGGGCCACUUCCUAGCGGGCACACCACUCUGCUCUUCUACCAGCUCCUUCGAGGACUUAAGUUCAUCCACUCAGCCAACGUGCUGCACCGCGACCUCAAACCAGCCAACAUCUUCCUCAACACAGACCAGUUACUGCUCAAGAUCGGCGACUUUGGCCUGGCCAGAAUCGUUGACCCACACUACUCCCAUAAGGGCUACCUGUCAGAGGGCUUGGUGACUAAAUGGUAUCGGUCUCCACGCCUGUUGCUCUCUCCCAACAACUACACCAAGGCCAUUGAUAUGUGGUCAGCUGGCUGCAUCCUCGCAGAGAUGCUAACAGGACGCAUGCUCUUUGCAGGAGCCCAUGAACUGGAACAGAUGCAGCUGAUCCUGGACACGGUGCCUGUGUUGAGGGAAGAGGACCGCCUGGACCUUCUGCAGGUCAUGCCCACUUAUGUCAGCCAUGACUGGAAGAUCAAGAGGUCAUUUAGGGAGCUGAUCCCUGAGGUGGAGGUGGAGGCGGAUGCCAUUGAUUUUCUGGAGCGUAUCUUGACCUUUAACCCCAUGGACCGGCUGACGGCAGAAGCUGCCCUGUCCCAUCCCUUCCUGCAGCAGUACUCAUUUCCUCAGGACGAGCCCAUGUCGCCCCAGCCCUUCCGCAUAGAGGACGAGCUGGAUGAUAGCCUAAUCACGGAGCCUGGCCACAGUCACAGCCAGGCCUUUAGCUCUCAUUGGGACAGGUAUGAGACCAGCCUGUCAUCAGACUUGUGCUGGCAGCAGCAGGGUGGGUGUCAGUGCUUGCCUGGGGUCUCGGAGGUGGUUGACCCAGAGGAGGAGGAGGUCCUGAGGGAUCCCAAGGCAGGCUCUAACCCCUUGUUGGAGGAGGCCCAGGUGGACCCUCGCAAGUAUUCCCACAGCAGCUCUGCCGAGCGCUUCCUGGACCACUCCCACUCCUCUCUGGAGCGUGCUUGUGGGGGCGGGGCCUAUACUGAGCUGGACUGUGACCGUUCCUGUGACUACAAAGUGGGCUCUCCUUCCUAUCUCGAUAAGAUUGCGUGGAGGGAAGACAAACCGCAGCACUACUCCGAGCCCAAACUGAUCCUGGACCUGUCUCACUGGAAGAGGAACAGACAGGUGCCUGAGCCUAGAGGGGCCAGUUUGGAGGAGCUGCCUGUCGAGGAGCUGCCUGGGGACCUGUUCCAGGAGAUAUCUCGGUGGGUAGAGAGCACUCAGUCUCUCCUCCACUCUCCCAGCCUGCCCCAGGAACCCCUGCCCUACUCCAGUUCACCCCCGCUGCCCCUCUCUCCCACUUCCCUCCCCGCUCACCUCUUCCACUGCUGUUCGCCGGCUGUACGGCCCUCAGCUGGACUGGACGAGGAUGACACACUCAGCCCACCUGCCUCAUCCCGCUCUCCUCCCUCUCUGUUGCCCUCUUCUCCUCCGAUUCCUUCGCCAAUCCAUGAGCGCCUCCAGAUGCCUCCCUCCAAGGGGCAAGGGGGCCCGUUUGACCUGGAUGUGUUCAUCACAGCCCUGAAGCGGUGUGGUCAGAAUGAGGACCUCGGUGGAAACCCAGACGGGGCCAAACAGGCCAACAUCAAUGGCGUAUCCAGGCUUCCAGAGCGCAGACCGCCCCCACGUCAGACUCCCAACUCCUGAAAGGAGCUGGGGUCCAGGGCUAACGCAGAGAGCACUGGUAGACUGAAUAGUGAACGCAUGUAGAAGGGGGAAAAAAGGAAGUUGCACAUGAUUUAAUGGGUACAGUUCUUUUUUUCUUUACCCAUAAAUCAUUGGUGUGUGCGACUUUCUUUCAUAAGUAAGCGUUGCCUUGACACUAACCCUGCUCACUUAAACUAGCGGUGCUGCUCCUUUGUUCAGAGCUGCUUUUACUGUAUGUUACAAGAAUAAGAGGAGAGUGAGGUGUGGGUCAAGUUCCAUUUGGUACUGUAUGAACAACGUAAGCUUCGGGUGGUUUUGCUACUGCAUACAGUAUGUCAGCGUGGUCACUGCUGUAAAUGAAUGUACGUUGUACAGUAUCUAACCGAAAGGCCUGUUGCAUCAAUGCAGCGACGUGUACUCAUUACAAGAAUGCCUGCAAAAUGAUCAACAUUUGGUUGGAGAGAGGAACUCCUGGGUAUUCCAUAGCAAAAUAGGUUGAAGAGAAAGCAAAUCAGCUAUUUAUGUUGAAAUUACUAUUUUUUUUUGUUCUUUUUUGUUGUUGUUGAGAGCCCUCUUAUGAUGAUGCCCUUUUAGGGUAAGAGCAGUUUGAAAAGACCACCUGAAAGAGUUCCAAACCUCUCUGCCAAUAACAACUAGUUUCCAGUUUUCCCCUCCCCACUACCAGACAGUCUAGCACAAUUCUUGCUAAGAAGCUACCGUUGUUUUUUUCAAUUAAAAAUGGUCAGAAAAUAAAUCACAGUAAGGACCCUUAAUUGUUACCCAGAUAAACAUGGCUGCAUUGGACCUUUAUAAGGUUCCGUUUGGGACGUAGCCCUCGUCUCAUGCUUUUUACCAUUGUUCCUACUAGUCAAUGACGGCGAACGUUCCAAAAUGUCACAAUGAUAUUAUACUCUUGAGUCAUGAGCAAUUCAUCUCAUUGCACAAUAUCACCUGGCGUUCUAAAGGGGACACAAUAAGCGAGCAUCGUCAAGUCUGGAAAAUGCAGGGUGCAAACUGUUGUUUUCAGAGCAGUGCAUUGUCAUUUUAACAUACAAUAAAAAAGCACAUUGGACAGACACUGCCAGGGACCAGGUUCUUAAAGGCCAACUAGGCUUCAUGUGCAGUGUCAGAUGUUAUCUGGGCAAGUACAUGUUAUUUUAUUGGUAAAAUAGGAGUCCGCAAUAAUAUCAGAAAUAUCUUAUUAGAUCCGAUGUGCUUGUUGAGACGGAAUUAUGUUCCUUUUAGUCUGGGAAUCGGGUUAUGAAUGUGCCUCAGAAUAGGCCUACAGGCUUUUGCAGACCCAAAUAGGCCUAGGCUUCCAGCUCGCUGAAUGUAAAUAGUUUUGCAUGGCUUGAUCCUUGAUGAAAACUAUCAAAUUAUUUUAACUAUCUUUAUUUGAGGAUGUUUUGGUUGUAUCACAUAUGGUAGAAUCUGCAGCUUUCACAGCUGAAAUCAAUUUACACGAUCCCUUUUGCAGUUCC